AACUGAAACUGUGCCAGUGAUUAACCCUGCAACACAGCUUGCCCAGUUGCAGGCUCUGGCUUCUGAACUGAAAACCGGUUUCACCGAAGCAAUGCAGGAGCUAUCAAGGAUCCAGCAUGGAGAGUAUGCUCUGGAGGAGAAGGUCCAAAGCUGCCGCUGUGCCAUGGAGGAGAAAGUGGCAGAGAUGAAGAACUCUCUUAAUUGUUUCAAGGAUGAGCUCAGUGAUGCCAAGUCCAUGAUUGAGGAAAUCAGUGCCAAACAGGAGGAAAUGCAGCAGAAGAUUGAACAGCUGCAGCAGGAGAAGCGGAAAGAAUCUCGCAAGCUGAAAGCAAAAAGAAUACAGAAGGAGGAGCAUGGGUCGCAAACAGUCCCCACACCUCUACAAGGAAGUCCCUUUCGAUCACUAAACCUUCCGGAGCCAGUUUUGAUUAAUGAAGAUUUUGUAAAGCUGUUGCAUAACGCAACGUACGAGAAAGUCUCUGACUGCAGGCCCAUGGCACUAGGAGAAGGCAGCAUGAAAGGGUUAACCGGUACAAAUCUGGAGACGGAAGAGAACCUCAGAGCUUCCUCGUCUGCUGAUGCUCAGCCAAAGGGCCAGUCAUCAUCCACAGUGUGGAAGCAGCCCAAGGACAGUAAAGACUGGGCUGGCGAACAUAUUUCAAAGGACCAGAGUGACAGGCAGAAGGAACUAGGUCCCAGUAGCUAUAGCUCAAUGGAGAAUGCACUGCGGGAACCGUCUAUUGCAGCUAAAAGGCAGAAUAUCGCUUUGGACUUACUUGAGUCGGAAAGGAAGUAUGUUGUGAACCUCACCCAGGUCCUCAAAAUUAAAGCCACGUUGUAUGGACAGGAUGUGAAAAGGAACUCCAAAGAUAGAAGUUUUGUCCCCAAUUCUCUUCGAUACUUGGUCCAGCAGCAUGUGGACUUACUUCAUGCCCUGCAGGAGAGAGUGUUGAGCUGGCCGCGCCAAGGAAUCCUGGGAGACAUCUUUCUCAAGCUAACCAACGAUGAGAACGGAUUUUUGGAUUAUUAUGUUGCUUGCUUGAGAGACUUGCCUGAGUGCAUUUCGCUGAUCCAUGUGGUGAUUGUGAAGGAGAUUGAGGAAGAAAUUAAGUCUGAUAUUUACAUAUUCUUCUUUCAUAUUGUCCAGCGUGUUCCUGAAUACCUCCUUCAUUUACAGAAUAUCCUGAAGUACACGGAACAAGAGCACCCCGAUUACUACCUCCUUCUGGUUAGUGUACAGCGCCUGAGAGUGUUCAUCUCGCACCACAGCCUUCUUUUCCAGUGCAACGAAGACCUGCUGAUACAGAAGCGGAAGAAGCUGAGAAAAUCUUCCUUCGGAAAGUUAUACAAAGGUCUAGCUUCUCUAUGCGCCAGCACUGGCCAAGAUGCGUCUCCAACGCUUAGCGCUACUUCCAUCCGCGACAGUGGAAUCCACUCUGAAGAGGCCAUGCAACUGUUCCCAUCAGCCCCAACUUCUGGAACAACGGCCAUGCACUCGAGGUCCCACAUGAAAGCGAGUCCCCAACAAGGCCUGGAGGGCCUGCAAGGCGCCUCCCCUUGCGAGUGGGAAACGGACGGGCGGCGGCCCGAGCACGGCCUGGCGCCCUCUCAGCUCAGCGAGCACGACCUGAAAGCUCUGGCCGCCUCCCUGCACGCCCUCCCGGACCUGGAGUACAGCGGCAGCAGCGCCCCUCCCUCGACGGGCCCCGACGGCAACCGCGAGCGGCCCCGUCGGCGGGCAUCGGCGGCGGACCUCCUGCAGGACAGCUCCGGCUUCGCGCCGGACUACGAGGGCUUCGAGUACCGAGGCGACCCUUACGAGGAGGUGGAGCCGCUGCGGAACCUGCCCGCCUUCGAGGCGUGCUCGCCGGCCUCGUCCGAGUCCAGCAUCGACAUCUGCUUCCUGAGGCCCGUCCACUUCACCAACGAGCCCGGCAGGACGGAGCGCACGCUGCAGCCGCUGCCCAAGAGCGCGGCGCCGCCCCCGCCGCCGGCCAGCGGCACCUACAAGCGCGAGGUUUUCCGCAGCAAAGGCAAGCAGCUGAGCCGCUCGCUCAAGGAGUUCCCGCGCAGCAGCGGCGGAGGCGGCGGCUCCGAAGGCAUCGCCAGCACCAGGCUGUACAGCACCCGCAGCAGCAGCGGCAGCCGCCUGCCGGCCCCGACGGAGAGGGGCUUCCCGGCUCACGGCGCCCCCUCCGCCGCCUCCCGGAGCUCCCAGCGGCACCACUUCCCGCCGCCGAGAGGAGCGGGCGACCAGCCCAGCUUUCUGGAAGAGAUGCAUUUAGAAGACAACACCAGAUUUUCUCAUAGGGAUGACAAUGAGCAAACCUCUUUCAGCAGCCACACUCCAAGGCAAGAACAGAAAGGGAGAUUGCGCAGUUCCUUCCGCAAGCUGUUCAAAAAGAAAUGAAACACACAUCUGAUUUUAAAAUUAGCUUAUUUUAAAAUUAAGACACCAGCCUUAUGGCACUUGAAAAGAAGAAACAACCAACUCCUGAAUUUUUUAGGAACUAGUAUUUUAUCCUGACUCGGGGGGUCAGAAGUUUACCGUAUUUUUCCGUCUAUAAGACGCCCCCAUGUAUAAGACAUCCCCUAUUUUGGGGGAUUUAGACUUAAGAAAAUGGCCCCAGCACUAUCCGUGUAUAAGAUGCCCCCUAAUUUUUGACAUAAUUUUCAGGGGGAAAACCUAGUCUUAUACACUGGAAAAUACGGUAUUUUGCCACUCACGCAACUGUUACCUUAUUGCUGCCAUCAAGCAAUAAGGGCCUCGCAGUUAUAGAAGAUUGUAGUAUGAUGUCAUUGAUGUAUAUGUCACAAUAUUUCUGAAUCUCUUAUCAGGAUAUUCUACGUACAAAGUCCAGACGUGUGCUAUUUCACUUUUGCUACAUGUUUAUUAUAAUUAGGCAGGAUAUAAGGGCUGUACAGUGGUACCUUGGUUCUCAAACUUAAUCCAUUCCGGAAGUCCGUUCCAAAACCAAGGCACGCUUUCCUAUAGAAAGUAAUGAAAAAUGGAUCAAUCCGUACCAGACUUUUAAAAACAAACCCUAAAACAGCAAUUUAACAUGAAUUUUACUAUCUAACAAGACCAUUGAUCUAGAAAAUGAAAGCAAUAUGUACUGUACUAAAAUAAAUAAAACAGUAUUGUAGAGGAUAAAAAUUAAAAUUAAUUUUUUUCUUAACUGCAUUGAGGAUAGUCAUUGUUUGUAUUGCUUUUAUCCAUUUCUGCAAGUCACACAAUCAAUCAAUCAGUCAGUCAGUAGCUGAACUGGGUUCCACACAGUGACAAAAACAAAUUAACCAAGCAAGCCUCAAAAACAAAAACGCAAAAGAAAUAGCAAAAACAAAAGCGCCAAACUUAAUCCAUUCCAGAAGUCCGUUUGACUUCCAAAAUGUUCAAAACCAAGGUGCAGCUUCUGAUUGGUGCAGGUGCCCCUGAAACAAUAGCCAACAACUGCAUUGGAUGUUUGACUUCCAAAAAAUGUUCGAAAACUGGAACACUUACUUCCAGGUUUUUGGCAUUUGAGAACCAAGGCGUUUGAGAACCAAGGUACCGCUGUAUACUGAUGUGUUUUGGGAUGUCAGGUGACCAUCCCUAGUAGACAUCAUGGAGGUGAGCACGAACCAUCUAGUACAGAAGUGGGACACAGGGACCUAUAAAGAAUUACAUCAUUUUACAACCCACCCACCCACCCCAACCAUUUUAAUUAGCUAGCAAAAUGUGGAAACAUCUUUGCAUGGUCCUAGAUGGAUCUGGCUGCCAUCUCUAGGACGGCUCAGAUUUAAGAGUAGCCAGGAAGUACCGGUAAGUGUGUUUAUAGUUCCUGCAAUAACUGAUUUACAACUUAGUCUGUUUUAAUGAUGCAACAUUGUUCUUGUUUUAAAAUACAGUUGGAUUGAUGCUGAAAGAACAGAUCUUCCACUGUUCUUUCUCCAAAAAUAUAAAGUGGUGCUACAGUGGAAUCUGAAUUUCUAAACAGAUGUCACAGAAGAAUCAAUUUUAUUUUAAAAGUGGUGGGGAAUAUUCAGAAGAGGGAGAGGAACUCCAGGAGAAGUUGACUGGUUUCUGAAUAGUCUAGGCAUGUAUUUAUUUUGUUUCAAAUAAACUUUGCUGUAUUAUUCAGA